AUGCGGCGUAGUCGACCACGUUUCCCACCUUGGCGUCAAAAUCGUCCACAAUAUCAACAAUCAUAUCGACCUCAAUUUUCUCAAUAUCAACAACAGGGUCAAUCAAGUGAUGUCUUUGAUUUUCUCAAUUUACCGGAAUCAUUCCCAUCAAUGAAACAACUCAUUGAUGAUCCAAUCUUAACUCCACUUAUUAUGGAACGUAAUCAACAAUUAACACCAUCAUCAGCUGAUAAUUUUGCAUUAAUGAAUUUUGUUACAAGUGUUCGACAAAAACUUGAUGCACUUGUUCUUUCACCAAGUUCAUUUACUGCUUGCGUAUGA